GUAUUUUUUGCCCUUCCUGAUUGCAUACCUGAGAUCAGGAACUGUCAUAAUUGUGUUGUGCUGUUUUUUAUUUAUUAAAAAAAGUAUAAAUAAACUAGAUGUAGUUUUGCAAUAUUUACUGUGAUCCAGUUUUUAUGUCUUCUUACUGUAUAUAUUGUCAUAAAAUUUACAUUCCACGUUGCUUGUUAUUUACUAACGGAAUAGAAUUUUAAUAAGAAGACGACCUGUUUAAUAAGUAUAUACUUCUGGACGUAGAGGAAAAAUAUGAUGACAAUUAGCAACGAUCCUCUUGACUUUCAUUUGUCUUAUGUUCCACAUUUGUAACGUGAUGUAAAAUAAUGUUACAGUCAAUGUAAAAGUGAUUGACAAGUGGUUAAGGAUGGGCGGCUGCUGGAGAUUCCGGCUUUCUACGCACCACCCGCCCACAAAUCUCUCUCAGUAAACAAUGGAUAUUAAUUCGCCCUGAGGAUUUCGCAUAAUAGUGUUAAAUAGACAACUUUGCAGAAGAAGAACAAAAAAAAAAAAGAAAGAAGAUGAGGUUCAAUAAACAGGAAUUAUUAACUCUUGCCACCCAGCCAUCACAGAAAUUCGAGAAGGAAGGAACUUUAUACGUCCGUGAACGGCAAGAAGGAUUUUUUCGAAGAACGGAAAGUACAAGUAAAAAACUAGAGAGCAAAAGACAAAAAGGAAAUACACAUAAGACCCUUCGAGACUUCAGUUGCGUUACAGCCAGCACAAGUAAAGUAAGUCUAGAACGCUGGUGCAGACUGAGAGGGAAUUUGUUAUUUUAUUUCAAAUCGAGAGAACAGUGGUCAGAACCCUUGGGAGUUAUUAUUUUGGAGCAAUGUUCUGUUCGAGUGGACCAAGCAACAAAUCAGAUUCCUUACGGAUUUAGUAUAGUGUUCGAUGGGGGUUUAUAUCAGCAGUUAGGCGCCAACUCAUCGGAAGAUAGAGACAGUUGGUUGCAAGCUCUCCAAUUAGCCAGCUACGAUCAUAUGAGAAGUCAGUUAUUAUCUUUAAGGCAGAGAAUUGAAGCUUGUAGUGGUCACAAAUACGACACAGACAUUCAAAUGUUGCGCUUGCAGCGAGGAAUCAUAACAGAUCAUUUUACAGAUCCUGCGGAGAUUCCAAUUUGUGAAAUUUCUCUAGCUUGUGAUAAUCUUCUUUGCGAUGGACACGGAAGACCGCCUAAUCCUGUUUUGGAAUUGGACAUUCAAACGAAUCAAUCGAAAAUGUGGAUUAAGUACGCGAGAACGGAAGUUGUCGAGAGAAGCAGUAAUCCAGGGUUUCUGACGACCGUUUGCUUUAGAGCGAGCGAUGGUUUAAAUAUGGACAGCAGGGUCAGAAUAACAUCGUUUGAUGUGAGAGAAAGAGUUAGUCAGACUGCAACACCAAUUGGAAGUGCAGUUAUGAUGUUUAGUACCAUUCAAGAUACACCAAGACUGAGAAUUCCUUUAAAAUCAGCCAAAGCGACGACUGUUGGAUUUUUAACAAUAAACGUUUGGAAUUUAGAGGCAGAGGAUAAAGGGAACAGCACUGAAAGCACUCCUUCUAGAAAUGUUUUAUCCACUAACAAUCAGAUAAUGUGCCAUAGAAGAUCACAAUCAUUACCACCUAGAUUGGGAACAAAAAUUAAACUUCCUCACCAGGGUCAAUUAAAACUUUUAUUCGCCAAUCCCCAUAUACAGACAUAUAGAUUUCAUUCUGGAUUGGGAGGUGAUAUUUGUGUCCAUGAAAUAAUGGCCGAGAGUAAACUCUGUUUUCAAUUUCCACAACAAUUACUUGGAAUUUGGAUACAAGAAGAAAAGGAAUUAUUGCAGGAAGUUGCGGGAAUGGGAGAAUUAAGAGAGCCGUGGCAUACAAAGCAAGUUGAACUUCUUGAUCGUCAUUUACAACUUUUAAAUUUGUACUCUCAGGCUAAGGAGAAUUUGGCUGCUUUCAAAGGAAGUUACUUUAAACAAUCUUCGAGAAAAAAUGACAGAUCUCUGGAAUUUGCUCCUCUUAAUUUACAUCUUCAACGAAUGUGGGUGCACAAUGAUACUCUCAAUAAAUGCGGAUUUUACGACACUAUUAGCGUUGGAGCAUUUACAGCUCAUUCUCAUAAAAGCAAGAAUGGCGGUCUCAUAAGAUUGGUGCAAGCUUUAAAGGAAUCGCCGACGAGAUGCAGUCAAUUAUAUCAAGGAACAUCAAAAAUCACAAUGGCUCAUGACGCAAUUCAAGCGAUAAAACAAUUACGAAGAGACGUAGUCGAGGCAAUGCGUUCGUUAAUGAAAUUAGCCAAGGAAAAGCAAACAAGCGGAAUGCUACCAAUUUGUGAGGAUAUGAUUUCAAAAACACGUAUACUUCUCAGUCUUUGGGAUCCAGGCCUCGUUGAGGAGGCGCUAACAUUUCUCGACGAGCACAAAGUUGCCAAAGUUCAAGACGAUUUAAAUAACGACGAUCCACUAUCUCUCGAUUUUAAAUCAAAUCAAAAUCUCUCGCCAUUCAGAAGAAUUACCCAACAAUUGAAUUUUGAUCUUCGCAGUCCCGAUUUUGAUGAUUUUGUCACACCCGAUACACCCGAAUGCGUACAAGAUAUUUGGACACGUGAAACAACAAAAACAAAAUAUCAAACAUUUACCGCAAAAAAUGAGAUUAAUAAAAAAGAAGAAAUAACUCAAGUUGAGGAAAAUUUUGUCAUAUUCCCCGACGAUGAUGACGAUCCAAAGGAAACGGAAUUGAAGGAACAAAAUUUCGAAUUAAAGAAUGAUAAUAAAGAUGAUGAUGAUAAUAAUAUUGAUGACGAUGAGAAGGGCGAUGUUGAUAAAAAUGAUAUUGAUCUUAGUAAGAAAUUUUUAGAUACACAAAAAAUGUGCAAUUCACCAUCGGCUAAUUAUUAUAAACCAACCGAUGAGCCUGAACCAUGGGAUAUAACGCAAUUAAAUAUCGAGGCAAGCGUCAUGUGUCUUGUUUCAAAAGUAAAAUUUCUUUGUGGACGUUGCAGUAGUCCGGCUGUGAGACUUAGAAAUAAAAAUGGAAUUGGCAAAACACCGAGUAUUAAAGGUUGUUUGCCAAAUAAUCGCAAUAAUUUAGGUGUCGUGACAAUUCAACCAAAGAAUGGAAUUAAAAAUGAUGAGGCGAGUAAAUUAUUGGACAGUACUAAUAAUCGUCAACAAAAUAGUCCUGGUACGGAGAUAUCAACACCUGCAUUCGCCAAAGCCAAAGAAGCAAUUGAUGUGCAAGUUGCCUAUUUAUUAGGAACAAGUGAUAUUUAUUCUAAUGCGUCUUCCGAUAAAGUGUGUCAAGCCGUGGAUUCAAUGACAAGAGUCAUUAAAAGCAAUUCUAGCCAGAGAAAUAAAUUCACUGAGGGAUUAGAUUUUGCCAGUAUUGUUGAUUGGACCAGUGAAUUGAGACCGAGUAUGAAAAAAUUACGACAAGCGAUGGAUGGAUUGUUAAAAACAGCAAGACUCACGCAUUCUGUAUUUCGUGUGCAAGAAGAUGCCAAAAGUGCACAUCGUGUUUGUAAUGUUCGGUAUAGAAGGGAUGUGUGUUUCAGUCAAGCUUUGACAGCGUUAGUUUCUGGAUUAAUGGCGAAACUUUGGUGUCAAAGGCCGGAUCCAAUGUUUCUAUUAAUUUUGACAACACUCGGUCCUCUCAUUUCAUUUGAGGCAUUAUUAAGUUAUUACGGAGAGGAAAUCGAUAAAUGGGGUGAUAUGGCCGUUGCAGUUGAAGAUAUGCACACCGUUACAUUUACAUUCACAAGAAGUGGCAUUCAUCCCAGAAUGGAUCGAAAAGCAAAGAAUUCGAUGCAAUUGCCAAUCCCGAGAGUUGUUGGUUCUCGCACAGCACUCACGGUUCUUUUACCUGUUCCCGAUGCCAUAUACUCUUUACUUCCAAUAGUUCCGUCAUCGAGGCAAAGUCUGUCCUUUAAUGUGACGCCAGUAUUCUUUAAUAUUGGCAUUAAUAAAAUGGCUUCGUUGGCUGAAAGUCUAGGCACAACAGAACCGCAAGAGAAAAGCAAUAUUGACAAUUUUGAUAGACUCAAUGAAUAUUAUUUGCGUUUUAAGAAAUUGAACCUACCAACUGAACCAUCUUCAACGAGAAUGGGAACUCGUUCACCGUUGAAUCAAACUUUAGCUGAUAUGAUGGCAAAUUUAAAAACAUGCAUUCAAGCGAAAGUUAAUAAAAAUGUAAAUGUUUUACAAUUGUCUUCCCAAAUAUGUCGCCGUAUGCGAGGACUGAGAUUCACUAGUUGUAAAAGUGCCAAAGAUCGUACGGGAAUGUCGAUCACAUUAGAGCAGGUCAAUAUUCUUGCCGCUGAAUAUCAUCUCGCAGAACAUGAAUUUAUGAGAGCUCUCGAAUGCAUGCGAAGCGAGGGCUGUAGAAGAGAAAAUACUUGGAAGAAUAUAGGAGUGAGAAAAUACGCUUUCAAUAGUCUUCAAAUUCCAACACUUCCAAAACUUUAUCGACCUCCAAUCGGAACUUACGGAUCGGCUCAGACUUAAAAGCAAAACAAAAGAAUUUCUUGUCCAUUUGUACAAAUUAGUUAUAUUUAUAUAUAUAUAUUCCCAUGAAAAUGAGGUAGACCAAUUUUACUUAAAAGUAGCGGUCUUUCAAGGUGCUAAUAUUCUCCUAAUUAUCUAUUUUUCUUAAAUCGAUUUGAAUUAAGAACACAAUUCUAAUUCAAAUUUAUUAAAAACUACUUCUUCCUGUAAAAAAGAAUAAUGUACAGUGCCAUUAUUUCCCAAAAUGGUUAAUUUUUUUCGAGAUUAUUAAUGAAUUUCUUUAGUAAUGUAAAUAUCGAAUUGUACAUUUAUUAUUUUUUUUAAAUAUUUAAUUUAUUGCAAUCAUUUUUUUCGAAGGGGGGGGGGGGGGGGGGGGAGAAAAUUUAAGUUAAGUCUCGUAUCGAAUUUAUAAAAAUAAAGGAUUAGAAAUUUUUAUAAAUUCUCAAUUUCAGACAAUGACAAACGAUUCAAUUCUUUGAAUCUCAUUUCCCAUGUAGCACGUAAUAUUACAGUAACAUUACAGUAAUAUUGCCCGGUAAUAUUACUGUAAUAUUGCAGUCACAUUAAAAUGUCCGCCUCAUGGUAAUAUUACCAGUUAAUAUUACAGUAAUAUUACAGAAACAUUAAAGUAAUAUUACUGUAAUGCUAUAGAAACAUUACUGUAAGGUUGCAGUAACAUUACUGUAAUGUUACGAGCUAAUGUUACUGUAAUAUUACACAGCUAUAUACAGGGAAUAAAAAUGGCUCUAAAAUGCAUACCUAAUAAAUAAACAAUAAAUUUUUUCUUAUUUUAUCAUUGCAAAAAAAACUUUUUUGAAAUUUUUUCAGAAGCGUGUAAUAUUACUGUAAUGUUGCUGUAAUAUUACAGUAAUGUUGCAGUAAUAUUACCGCGUAAUAUUGCUGUAAUGUCACUGUAAUAUUGAUGGGUAAUAUUACCAUGAGGCGGACAUUUUAAUGUUAAUGUAAUAUUGCAGUAAUAUUACCGGGCAAUAUUACUGUAAUGUUACUGUAAUAUUACGUGCUACAUGGGUUUUUUUCUAUUCUAUAAUAUUUAAAAUAGAAACUGUAAUAAUUUUAGUUUUGAGAGUGUUCUUCGUGGGAUGUUUUCUUCCAUUUUAUUAUUUAUAUAAAUGUAAAAAAAAUAAUGAAGUAUUAGGACUUCGAUUAUUCUCACAUUUGUGAAUAGAAGUUCCUUAAAAUAAUUAAUUUGGACCAUAAUUAACAAUCUCCACUAAAAAAAAGUACAUAUAUUAUUGAAAAGAAUACAAAAACAUGUUAGUUUUCGAAAAGAAAAAGAAAAACUAUCAUCUAGAAUUUUCUUUGUAUAAAUCUUUAUAUAUGUAGAAAAAUUCAUUUUUAUCCAAGAUUUUUCAAAAUUUUAAUAUUACAUAUAGAAAUAUAUAGAAUUUAACAAUUCUAUACAAAUUUUUACAGAAACUAUUGAUAUAAAUAAGAAUUUUCACUUUUAGACUUGUAUAUCGACACUUUAUCUAGUUUUAGAAAUAAAAGCAAUCGGAUUUUAAAAAAAGGAAAAAAAAGGAAAACAUCUUGGAUAAACAUGAGAUUUUCUAAUUAACAGAUAUAAAUAAAUAAUCGUACUUUAUUUACAAAAUAAUCGCGUAUGUACCUAAAAGGAAUUUGAAUUCUGUAUUUAAAAGAAAAGAAGAACAGAAUAGCAUAAAAUAAUCUACGCAGAUGACUCAAGAACUGCCGUAUUAAUUACACUUUCUGAAAAAUAAAUGUUUAAAUAGGAA